AUGCCAGCUACAGCAGAUGUCAUCACAUUUAGAUCAUCAGUUCUUCUUCACUGCAGCUUUAAAAUUUCCCUGAGGUAACAGUGUAUUUCCUUGCCCCAUAACAAUAAUCAUGUUUGACCAACAAACAAAAGCACAGUAUUACUGUUAGAACAGGAUUUUUGUAUUGAUUAAAAGUUAAAGGGAAGGGGAUUUUGUUUGUUUUUUUCAGGCCUCACCUCCUCCUGCCUCUGACUCCAGUGAUGCUGUCAACUCAAACACUGAUAACUGCACACAGCAAGUCUACACCCACAGGUCAAAAGUCAAAACCUUACCUCGCUUUAAAACUUCACUCUGAACUGAACUGGGCUCUGCUUUUGGUUUUGAACAAAAGUGCCCAACAGAACACAGUACUCAGUGAGGAACCGACAAACUGUCUUCAGGACAGGACAACUACUUAUAUUGUUUUGAAACGUGUUUUCUACAUUGUGUGA